UUUCACAGCUUUUGUGAAGAAAAAGAUAGGGAAGAAAUGCACAUCAACACCAAGAAAAAUCCAAAAUUCCGUCUACACUACACAUAAAUACAAAUCUCUCUCUCUCUCUCUCUCCCCCUUAUCUCCACUUUGGCUUGCUCCUCUGCUAGGGUUUUUCCUUUUUCCUUUAAUGUAUCCAUUCUAUUUUUUUUAAUAAACAAAGCAGUGGUAGGUAAAGAUUAGUACUGGUAGAGAAGAGAGGGAGAGGGUGAGAUGGCGUCGAAUCCUGCAAAUCUAUGGGUGUUGUUAGGACUAGGACUAGCUGGUAUUUUUUUAUUCACUAAAAAGUUUAAGAAAGUUCUCAGAGAAGAUUUUGGCGCUUUUAUCCACAAGCUUCAGUUGCUUCCUCCGCCGCAGCCUGCUCCUCCUAAAGCUCCUCAUCCUCUCACCGGCCUCACCUUCGCCGUCUCCGACUUAUUUGAUAUUGAAGGAUAUGUGACUGGAUUUGGUCAUCCAGACUGGGCAAAGACACACGAGGCGGCUUCUCGAACAUCUGUUGUCGUUUCGACCCUUGUUGAAGGAGGUGCUACUUGUGUCGGUAAAACUGUAAUUGAUGAGCUUGCUUAUAGUAUCACUGGAGAAAACAAGCAUUACGGUACACCUACCAAUCCUGUUGAGCCUGCACGAGUACCAGGUGGAUCCAGUAGUGGCGCUGCUGUGGCUGUAGCUGCUAAUCUGGUUGACUUCUCUUUGGGUGUUGAUACUGUUGGUGGUGUGAGAGUACCUGCUGGAUUUUGUGGUAUCAUAGGAUUUCGACCCUCAUAUGGAGCUAUUUCAAAGAUAGGAGUCUUACCUGUUUCAACCAGUCUUGACACUGUUGGUUGGUUUGCUAAGGAUCCUAAUAUUCUGCGACGUGUUGGACAUGUUCUUCUUCAAUCUACUUUUGGAGGUCAACGUAGUCCUAGGCAAAUUAUAAUGGCAGAUGAUUGUUUUCAAUCACUAAAGAUUCCUGUUGAUAGAAUUGCCCAGGUGGUGGUUAAGUCAACUGAAAAGCAUUUCGGAAGACAAUUAUUGAAGCAUGAAAUUCUUGAUGUGUAUCUGAAUUCUAAAGUUCCAAGCCUGAAAGUGUUCCACAACAAAAAAACAAAUGGUGAAGUUAAAACUUCUUCAAUAAGAUUGCUUGCGAAUGUCAUGCAGCUUCUUCAUAGAUAUGAGUUCAGAAGCAAUCACGAGGAAUGGAUUAACACAGUAAAGCCAAUUCUUGAACCCAAUUUCUCAGCUCAGAUGAAUGAAAUAAUGGAGCUGUCAGAUGCAGAGCUUGAACUCUGCAAGUCUAUUAGAGAAGAAAUGCGUUCGGCUAUCAACUCUUUAUUGAAGGAUGAUGGGAUUCUGGUGGUCCCUACAACUGCUUAUCUUCCUCCAAAACUUGGUGGGAAGGAGAUUUUAUCAGAAGAAUAUCAGAGCUCUUCAUUUGGUCUUUUGAGUAUUGCUAGCCUAUCAGGUUGCUGUCAGGUCACUGUACCAUUAGGAUAUUAUAACAAGUGUCCUGUCUCAGUGUCCUUGAUAGCCAGACAUGGCAGUGAUCGCUUUUUACUAGAUACAGUGCACACCAUGUAUAAAACUUUACAAGAACAAGCUGAGACAUAUGUGAAUUCCAAAUCGAGUAACAAAGACAGCCGGGAAAAUUCUGCUGAGAUGGCUAAAGAAAAGGGCAAUCAAGCAUUUAAGGAGCAGCAGUGGCAGAAGGCUAUUAGCUAUUAUAACGAAGCUAUCAAACUUAAUGACAAAAAUGCAACAUAUUACAGUAACAGAGCUGCAGCAUAUCUUGAACUGGGAAGUUUCCAACAUGCUGAAGCAGAUUGUUCCAAUGCUAUCAACCUUGAUAAAAAGAAUGUUAAGGCUUAUUUACGAAGAGGGACAGCAAGAGAGAUGCUUGGUUACUAUAAGGAUGCAAUUGAAGAUUUCAAAUAUGCCCUGGUGCUUGAGCCAACUAAUAAAAGAGCAUCCCUUUCUGCUGAAAGAUUGCAGAAAGUUUUUGCAGCAGGUUAUUGAAGUAAAACCAAUAGUUUCCGGGAGGGGAGAAGUUUAAAAUUUAGCAGUCUCAUACAUCAAAGCUUCGGUUGGUGGCUCUAUGCCAAUGACCCCCAGUUAAGUAGCUGAUACUUGAUAGAUGCCAAUUUAUGCCUGAUUUUUCCAUGGGGCCUUUUUUGCUUGUAGAAUUUGUGGUAGAACACCUUAGGAGCUCUGAAGAAAUUGUUGCCAAAACCUGUAAUUAUAGUCCAAUUUUGUUUGUUUAAAUAUUCUACAACAGGCAUGCAAUUCUCGUUUUGAGGGGAGAUUUUUUGCUUGAAA